GCUGCUCGGCCCGCGCUGCCCGGCUCGGCGCGCGCUUCGGGGCGAGGCUCGGCGGGCGCGGCGCGCAGCAUGGCGGUGGAGGACGAGGGGCUCCGGGUCUUCCAGAGCGUGAAGAUCAAGAUCGAGCAAGACCGUUUCCUGCAGUGACGGAUCCGUUUUCACGCCAUGAAUGUGCUGGACCGCGGGCCGUUCAGGCUGGAGAGGCUGCCAGGGCCGAGCGCCGGGUCCUCACGGUCCUUCCCGCACCGAGCCGGCCUCUUCCGUGCGAGCAGGCCUGGGGACAGGCCGAGUGUCAGUUGUUGAUGACAUUUGAUGCUGCCGGAGAAAUUCCGGCUCCCCUAAAUCAGCGGGCUGUUUCCGGUUGGCUUUAUUUUGGUUUGCGGAACAUCGCUGAGACACUGCCUUGAUAUUUGGCACAGAAGGCUGCAGCUAGAAUGCGGCAGCACUUCCGUCUUGAGUAGUCCGGAGGGGAGGGAUUUCUUUUGUCAAUGUGGUUUAAAUCCGCUGUCACUUUCAUACAAGAAAGCCAGGGCUGGCGCUCCCUGAAGUGUCUGAGGUCCCCGUGCUGGGGGCGGGGAAAGGUGUCGGCCUGUGGGGGUCAAUUUCCUCCAGCCAAGGCUGCUUGGCUCAGCCAGCGAGUCCGGAGAAGUGUGAGAAGCCCCGGGCUUCCUCACCCCUGGGGCAGGAGGGCUGGAGGUGGGUGCCCCUGUGGGGCGGUGCCAGGGCAGCAGGCAGAAGUGGCCAGGGCUUUGUGGCUCAGGGCUGGGGGGCCCUGGCCACUGUUUACUCUAGGAAGGGUUCUGGUGCUUCAGUCCACGCGAGGAAGGCAUGGGAACUCAAACAGGAGGGUGAGGGAAGACCAGAGUCUCAGACCAGAUACUUAGACCCUGAGUGUUCCAGAGGGCAGCGCCAUCAGCGUGCGGGCAGGUGGAGGUCACCUGGUGGAUCCCUCGGAGAGGAGGAGUUCUGGAGGCUCUGAGCUCCACUUAAACAAGCCUGUGAAACCCUGGCUCAGCUGAGGCUUAGGCUGCUAAUACCAUGUGGGGCCUGGAUAUUAAUUGAACCUGUGACCCUCUCGGGGGCAUCAGCAGUGAGGACGGGUAGAGAGGCCGGAGUGCCAGCUGCCCGACUCCCUGGAUGUCUUUCCAGCGAGGAAAAUCUCCAUUUCCUCUCCCCUCCAGAGGCCACCUGCAGGGCCGGCUGCCUGGGGGCUAUCUGUGCCCCAAGUAGAUAGCCGGCGUGCUGGGAGGCAGGACGCCUCCUGAGAUGCAGUCUGGCUGGAGACCCCAAGGGUGACCUGUGGGUGCUCUGGUUUGGGGUUAGUCUCAUGUAACUGUGCUGCCGGCCUGACACCCUGGGGCUCAGGGUGACCCUGAGUGGCGCAGGUGCUGGGGUCCACUCAGCUCCUCAGUUUCUUUCUUUAAUCCGAAUUCAUGGCCAACCUUGGCUCUGACUUGCCCUGCCUGAGUCCCUGGCCUUGAAGGUGCAGAGAAGUCGGUGCCCCUGUGGUUGAUCUCAGGGCCCCUCAUGGUCAUUCACCUCCGAGCCUCAUCCCCAGGCAUGCUGGAUUUUCGCCAGGGACUCUGUGUGACCCAGGGCCAGUGUCUUCCCCUUCAUAACCUCAUUUUCCAUUUGCAGAAGGCAGGCAAUGAUUGUCUGCUGUAUCCGGUGAGAACUUACAAGGCAGUGCCAUCUGGGCUUAAGUUAGCACCCUGCUCUCAAGUUAUACGAGAAGCAAUUCUAGUAGUACUGUUACCAAGAAGCGAAGGCAGAAUGUCUUUGCAGGGAUUGGGAGCUUUUUCAAAGGUAUAGGGGCAUUGGCCUUUUAAAUUCCCAAAUAGCUUUGAAGCAUGUGGUGGUCUGUGGUCUGGUUCAGACGCUGAAAUUGGGAAAAUCCCUCUCCGCUUCCUCUUUCUUUGUCCCUCCACCUUUUGCAAGUGAGGUAAGAAGAGGGAGCACCACGCAGAAGUGAGGUGUUUUCAUGGGAACACUUUGGAGUCUGUCUGGAAGAAUCUUUCUGCACUUCAGUUUUGUAGAAUCAUUGUGGAUCUGUCGUUCUGUGCACUCACACACCUUAAACACUGUGUGUCUGGUAGCAGUCAUUAGCUUUGACAGCAGAGUCUGUGUAUCAUGCAUGGCUGAGCCACACUUCCUAUGCCAUCGGCUCUGAGGAAGCCAGUGCUUCUGACUUUCUGUGAGUCAGGGACCCACAGGGAGGGCACUUCCACCAUGACCCCGGGUUGUUUUGGGGCCCCGCCCCCGAGGUGCACGGUGCUUCCUCCCCUCCCAGCAAUGCUUUCCGUUUCCACAGUACUUACUGCUUGUUUUUAAACGUGGCACCUCAUCGUGAUGCACGUGCUCAAUAAAGAGCAACACACAAGGAGUUUCUCUCAAUCUCUUAGAAAAAAGCUGCCCUGCGACCCAGUACGGGAAAGGCCCUUGCACUGCUGCGACCCUGCUGUGGAGCUGGAGGCAGCCCUGUCCCUGGAAUGCUGCCCCUGGGGGGCCUGGCCUGCCACGUGCUCCACUGUGGGGCUUCCUGUGGCUCUCUGGUCACUCACUUCUUUCUCCUUUGGACUCACCACCCCUGGCUCCACAGGGCUCUCAGUCCCUUCCUGUGACGCUGGAGCGUGCCCAUGAAGAAGGCCCACGGCCAGUCUGGCCCAACACUGAAGCGUCAGAACCACUGGUGCCUGCAGGCCCACAGGGGACUGUGGGCUGGGGUGGGGGGCGCUGGCCUCCAGCCCAGCCAUUCCUCUCCUAAUCACAAACAGAAUCCCACCAAGGCAGGAAGAGGUGGCACCGGGUGAGAACAGGGAGAAUGACAAGUGGGGCGCCUAGAGGGACCCCUGGGCUGUGGCUCCCUGGCCCCAACUCGUGGGCUAGAAGAUCAGAGGUCAGGGCUCCGGGCCAGCUCUGCUGGAAGUGGCAGCUGAUGACUCCCCCACGGGAGCUGGAGGCCUCUGGUCACGGGCUGUUGCAGGCAUCGAAUUAGGGGGUGGUCUGCUUAGUAAGGAAAAGUACUGACAGUGUCUCCACAGGGCCGAGUCUCACUCGGGUGAGAGAAGCCCUUUGUGACUUUGUGACGUGGGGAGGGCUGUGGCUUUUCCCGUGUCUACUUGACAAUGGAAGGGGCUCAGCAUCCGAGAUCUUAGGUUCCCCUAAUGCUAAAAUUAACUUGGGUAUUUUAUUAACCGAGCUCAGCUAAGCCGCCUGUGCUAUUUUUAACCCCUGAGGACGAAGGCACAGGGCUCCCUGCACCUUGAAAACAGCAGGGGUCCAGCCUGGACCCCGGCUUUGCCUGGGAGGGGAGUGGGCCUCCGUGCGGGGGUGGGUGUGCAGGUGGGGUGCUAAUGCGGAAGGGUGGUUUCCGUGUAUCAGCUCAUUUUAUCUCAAUUCUUGAAACGCCACGACUCGGAGGUGGAGAAACGGACACCCAUGGACCUAGCUGGGCCCGAGCGGCCCGGCCCGGCGCUCUGGGAUCUGAGUUCUUCUUCUCCUCGCCACUUAGUACUGCCCAUUAAUUUUCUUUUCUUGGAGACUGGACUUUGCUAUGUUGCCCAGGCUGGUCUCCAACUCCAGGCUCAAGGGAUCCUCCUGCUUCAGCUUCCUGAGUGGCUGGGACACAGGUGCUCAGCACCGCAGCCUGUCUGUCAGUCUAGAGAGCUGUUUCUUCUCUGGGAUCUUGACCUUGAAUGGAGGGCUGGAGAACAGCGAGACUCGGUGACUUUAGGGACCUGAGGCAGUCAGUGUUCAGGCGUGGAAGGAAGGGACUGCCGUCUGUGGGGGCGGACAGAGGCCUGGGAGGCCCGAGACACAGUUUGGCCAUGCAGAGACAAUCCUUUGAGCAGUGCCACAGCCACCCAUCCAGCGCCUAGGCCUGUUAGCGAAACGUGCCUGGCGGGUGGGUGAGCCGGGGUGCUGCACUGAUGGGCAGAGCCUGGGCCUGGAGGCAGCCCUGGGGCGUCCUCCCUGGAGGGGAGGCUGGCGUUGGUGGGAAACACUGAUUUGCCUCUUUGAAGCUAAUGGAAGCGAAUGAGGCUUUUGGAGCUCAUGAGCACAGAGCGGAUCGACAGCGUCUGCCUGCGCUGCCGCCCUGCACUUUCUGGUGGCGCGUUGUGCUUUAGACACAGACGUGUAUGUGCUUGGAAAGGAGAUGGCCUUUGGCUGCAGCAGCCGAAAGCGAGGUGGCCGGUGCUGCGGCCUCAAAGGCGAAGGCAGCCGAGUGAUGGAGCGAGGCGUGCGGGCUCUGCGGCCUCGGUGGGGAGAGCUCCUGGGGCCGUCAGAGGAGAGGCGGACGUCCAGACCCACUUGGAAUCAGACACCCGACGCUGCGUGCUGCCCACGCUUCUUGAGAAUUCCCUCACCUCUCUCUGCCUUGGUUUCUUUGGGAAAAUGGAGGCCAGUACCUUUUUUGGAGCAGUUAAUGAGACUAGAUGAGCAAAGGUCUUCGUAGACAGGAGGCAUUUAUGAUUCUAGUAGAAUUUGAAGCAUCCGUUAGUCUGUAAUGAAUCGGACUUCUAUGUAAGCACAUAUGUAAAUCGAAAAAGAGCUACACUUUAAUAGGAGAGUGCUGAGAGGCGGGAGGGCUCACUCUGGAGAGGUGGCUUUGGUUUUUGGUUUUGGCUGUCUGGGAGGGGUAGCUUUGAACUUGCCCCCGGGGGGAGAGUGAGGCCUCAGAAAGGGAGGGCAUCAUUUUGAGUUGGGCUGGUGUCAUGAGGUGCACGGCCUGGCCUUUGAGGGGCUCAGAUAAUUUGGCUGGAGGGGCCAGUGGGAUGUGUGGAUGGGCCUCUGGCCUCUGGGUGGACAGAGUGGGGCACACUGGGUCCCGUGGGGAUGUGGUGUCACGCCUGGCAGGUGCUGGCACCUCUGGAGGGUGUGAGGCUGGACAGCGGCUGUAGACUGUGGUGGUGGGGGGGCGGUGGGCAGCUCACUGAGCACCUCUAGUCCUGCGCAGACGCAGGUCAGAGCAGGGGUCUGUGCUGUGCAGGGAAGGAGGAGCUGGCAGUGUAACCGGAGCUUCUAGCUUUCAUCUGCAGGUCAAGGUGAUGAACAGACAUGUUUACUGCAGCAGCAUCUGUGGCCAGUGGCUGAGCCAGCAAGUAGCAAACAGGAGAAGGAGAGUUGGGAUCGUCUGGGCGGCCCUACCAAUCUCCUGUCCAAUUGUCAUCCCGCUGGUGGAAGGGGGUCCUGGUGGGAAGUCACUGGAUCGGGGGUGGGUUGUGAACGGCUCAGUGCCGUCCUCCUGGUGCUGUUCUUGCGAUGUGAGUUCUUGCGAGAUCCGGUGGUUUAAACGAUCGCGCCCUUUCUCCCGCGCCGUGGGAGACGUCUGCUCCCCGUUCACCUUCCGCCUUGACUGGAAGCUUCUCGAGGCCUCCCCAGAAGAGGUGCCUCCCUGCUUCCUGUACAGCCUGCACAGCCAUGACCAAUAAACCUCGAUUUUUUAUAAAUCACCCGCUCUCGAGUGUUCCUUUAUAGCAAAGCAAGAACAGCCUGAUGGGUGAUGGCAGCUGAAAGGGCAGUGAUGCCACAGGCAUCCACACGUGGGCUGCUCCGGCCUUCAAGGAACCUACUAAGCCCAGGCCAAACCCGUGGACUUGCAGGCAGCUCCGCAGGAUAGGAUGAGAAAGAGACGAAAUGAGAGCCCUUGUCUAACACCACCACCAAAAGAAUGAUGAAUACAGGCCCGCUGAGCGCACGCAGAUCAAAGGUGAGACCCACAGGCCUGCUAACUGGAUGACCUGUGGGAUUGCGGGAGCCCUCAGGUGGGAAGAGAGCGAGGCAGGACACACGAGGUCUUUCAUCGCAUCAUGUACAUGUCUGUACGCAUCAGUGUGCAGCCGUGUACACGGGUGGGUACAGGAGUAAGGAGCAAAGGCGGAGCUUAGAAAUCUCCGCGUCACAUGUUGCCAGAACCACGUUGGCUGCGGAGGACGCCAGGGCGGAGAAUAACUCGCCUGCGUUCAGGAAAGUGUGCUCUGCGUGGAAAUGCGUGUUACACGUGGGGCUGUGGCUCCAUCAGGCCGCAGCGGGUGUCUGGCAGGGACAGUGAGUGAAGCUGUGGCUGGCCCCUGAGAGGCUGGCCCAGGCAGAAUGACGGGGUUUUGGGGCUCCAGCCUUUGUGUCUGAGAGGCUCUGGCACAGGGGAAGGGGAACUUAGGGUUACGUCACCUGUGACAGAAGGCUCGGGGUUUCUCUGGUUGUGAGGCGGAGUCCAAAGUGAACAGUUACAAACAUUCAGGCUUUGCUGUAGAUGUCCAGGAAGCCCACUCCUCAGCCUGGAGCCCUGGAAGACAGUUUCCCCAAGGGUUAUUGGUCAAAUGGCAUCAGAGUGUCUGGGAGACUUUGUUUCUUUGCGUGUGUUUUAUUAAAAAUAGUGGUUCUAUUAGUGUCUGAAAAUAUGAGGUGUGUUUCUGUGUGCAGGGCUGGAAUCCCCAGGCUGCAGCUCUCACCGCCCUGAAGUUUGGCAUUAUUAGUGUUCGUUUCGGACAAGCUUGAAUCCCACACUUGGAUCAAUCACCCGAUUCUAAGGCUCAGUUUGUUCCUUCCAGGGACAGUCGUGUCCUGGUGGCAUCAGAACAUAGCUAGGAGCGGUGGCAGCUCCAACCUGCGUGUCACAGGUCCCGAGAGACACUGUGGGUGCUGGGCCAGGAGACCAAAGCCACGCUGGGGACAAAAACAGAGCCGUGACCCAGAAUUGACUGAGGAAUGACGCUGACACCAGUUCUUUCCACUGCACGUGGUUUCUUUUAUGUUAUCCAAGUAGUUUCCAACCUAUAAAGAAUUGCCUCUCUUGGCCCUGACUCGCCAUAGAAAAUUCCAGAGGUGAAGCCAAAAACCUUCCCUCUUACCCGGGGCCAAGCAAGAUGAGGGAUUGCUACUGCACGGUGAACCUGGACCAGGAGGAGGUUUUCAGGACCAAAAUUGUGGAAAAGUCACUCUGCCCCUUUUAUGGAGAAGACUUUUACUGUGAAAUUCCUCGGAGCUUUCGUCACCUGUCCUUCUAUAUUUUCGAUAGAGAUGUUUUCCGGAGGGAUUCCAUCAUAGGGAAGGUGGCCAUUCAGAAGGAGGACUUGCAGAAGUAUCACAACAGGGACACCUGGUUCCAGCUGCAGCACGUGGACGCCGACUCAGAAGUGCAGGGCAAAGUCCACCUGGAGCUGCGGCUGAGUGAGGUCAUCACGGACACUGGGGUCGUCUGCCACAAGCUCGCCACACGCAUCGUCGAGUGCCAGGGCCUCCCCAUCGUGAACGGGCAGUGUGACCCUUACGCCACCGUGACGCUGGCGGGGCCCUUUAGAUCGGAAGCAAAGAAGACAAAAGUGAAGAGGAAGACCAACAACCCCCAGUUCGAUGAAGUGUUUUAUUUUGAGGUGACCCGACCCUGUAGCUACAGCAAGAAGUCCCACUUUGACUUCGAGGAGGAAGAUGUGGACAAGCUUGAAAUCAGAGUCGACCUCUGGAAUGCCAGUAACCUGAAGUUUGGAGACGAAUUCCUGGGAGAACUAAGGAUCCCGCUGAAAGUCCUGAGGCAGUCCAGCUCCUACGAGGCAUGGUACUUCCUCCAGCCCCGGGACAACGGCAGCAAGAGCCUAAAGCCGGACGACCUGGGCUCCCUGCGGCUGAAUGUGGUCUACACGGAAGACCACGUGUUUUCUUCUGACUAUUAUAGGCCUCUGCGGGACCUGCUGUUGAAGUCUGCGGACGUGGAGCCUGUGUCAGCGUCCGCGGCCCACAUCCUGGGUGAGGUUUGCCGGGAGAAGCAGGAGGCAGCGGUCCCGCUGGUGCGACUCUUCCUGCACUAUGGCAGGGUGGUGCCCUUCAUCAGUGCCAUCGCCAGCGGGGAGGUGACGCGGACACAGGACCCCAACACCAUCUUCCGAGGGAACUCACUGGCGUCCAAGUGCAUUGAUGAGACCAUGAAGCUGGCAGGGAUGCAUUACCUGCACGUCACCCUGAAGCCUGCCAUUGAGGAGAUAUGCCAGAGCCACAAACCCUGUGAAAUUGACCCUGUGAAGUUGAAAGACGGAGAAAACCUCGAAAACAACAUGGAGAACCUACGGCAGUACGUGGACCGCGUCUUCCACGCCAUCACCGAGUCUGGGGUGAGCUGCCCAACCGUCAUGUGUGACAUCUUCUUCUCGCUCCGGGACGCGGCGGCCAAGCGCUUCCAGGACGACCCGGACGUCAGGUACACCGCAGUGAGCAGCUUCAUCUUCCUGAGGUUCUUUGCACCAGCCAUUCUCUCCCCCAACCUCUUCCAGCUCACGCCGCACCACACGGACCCCCAGACGUCCAGGACGCUGACGCUCAUCUCCAAGACCGUGCAGACCCUCGGCAGCCUGUCCAAGUCCAAGUCUGCGAGUUUUAAGGAGUCCUACAUGGCUACAUUUUAUGAAUUCUUCAAUGAGCAGAAAUACGCUGAUGCGGUGAAAAACUUCUUGGAUCUGAUUUCGUCCUCGGGGAGAAGAGACCCCAAGAGUGUUGAGCAGCCCAUCCUGCUUAAAGAAGGGUUCAUGAUCAAGCGGGCACAAGGACGGAAGCGCUUUGGGAUGAAAAAUUUUAAGAAGAGAUGGUUUCGCUUGACCAACCAUGAAUUUACCUACCACAAAAGCAAAGGGGACCAGCCUCUCUAUAGCAUUUCCAUCGAGAACAUCCUGGCAGUGGAAAAGCUGGAGGAGGAGUCUUUCAAAAUGAAGAAUAUGUUUCAGGUCAUCCAGCCGGAGCGCGCACUCUACAUCCAGGCCAACAACUGCGUGGAGGCCAAGGACUGGAUCGACAUUCUCACCAAAGUGAGCCAGUGCAACCAGAAGCGCCUCACCGUCUACCACCCGUCUGCCUACCUGGGCGGCCACUGGCUGUGCUGCAGGGCGUCCUCAGACUCGGCCCCUGGAUGCUCGCCCUGCACCAGCGGCCUCCCAGCCAACAUCCAGCUGGACAUUGAUGGGGACCGUGAGACGGAGCGUAUCUAUUCCCUCUUCAACUCAUACAUGAGCAAGCUGGAGAAGAUGCAGGAGGCCUGUGGGAGCAAAUCUGUGUACGACGGCCCGGAACAGGAGGAGUACUCGACGUUUGUCAUUGACGACCCCCAGGAGACCUACAAGACGCUGAAGCAGGUCAUCGCUGGGGUCGGGGCUUUGGAGCAGGAGCAUGCCCAGUAUAAGAGGGACAAGUUCAAGAAGACGAGAUACGGAAGCCAGGAGCACCCCAUCGGAGACAAGAGCUUCCAGAACUACAUCCGGCAGCAGUCCGAGACCUCCACUCAUUCCAUUUAAAGUGCAGGACACGCCCAGUGGUGCCUGUGAGCUGCCCAUGCAAAGCUGCAGCCUUUGGGAGGGAGAAGAGAAGGAAGAGUGCAGAGUCACCAGAGCGAUCCGUGCCACCCCAGCCACGGACAAGUGGCCAAGGUUUCCCUCUCCCGGAAAUGCCGCUGCUGCCGCACCCUCUGCAGAAAGCCCACCCAGCCUUGUGGACCAUGUGGUCGUUUGGUUUUGUGCUCUUUGCUCCUUGUUUGUGGGGAUCCAGGGAUCAGCUGAAGGAUCAGGAAGCGUGGGCUGUGCCCUGGCCACACCACAGCUGGCCUCAGGGAGUCACGGCUUGUCCAGUCAGCUGCAAUAUGCACCUUAGGCCGUGUGCACAUCUGUCCCGUGUGCACGGUGUGUGUGGCUCUGGGCUCUGUGGCUCUGCGCCCUUGUGGCCUCCUGGCCCCAUCUUGGUUUUUGGCUUCAUCACGUUGGGACGUUCAGAGCAUCACUCUCCCGCUGUGCCUACCAUCCAGGUGGCCGUGGGAGGUGGCCUCCCUGUUCCACUUUUGAGGUUGAUUUUAUUCCUGGCUGAGGGGUGAGUUUUGUGGCUGGGAUGUGCAGAACUACACAGAAAUCCCAAUCUGAGGAUGCCCUUGGUGCUUGGAGGAUCCAGGUUCUGUCCACAGAGACCCUUGGAGGGAACAGUGUGGGCUCCAGUGUCUCCGGUGUCUGCUGAGCCCAUGUGGAAGCACAAGUUAUUUUGCUGUUGAAUGGGGUUUAAAGUUAGACUUAACAUUUGCCACCCCCUGUGGAAGUUUGGGGAAGAUUUUUAAACUAGAAGUGUGCAUUUUUCGAGCUGUUUUUCUUAAUGUUUUUAAAGGACCAUUUUUAAUUAGCUCUUUGAUACAAAGUAACUCAGAACGUCAAAAUCUAUCCCCACUAAAGAGAAGGCUGCUGGAGCCCAAGGGCAAGGGAAUGGAGCCUGCCUCAGGAAGGGCAGCUGCAGGUUCUCCAGAAAAUCAGAGAAGGGAAGAAAUUCAGAUUUUCAGGUACAGGGGCCUCGGGGUGCAGAUGUCCCUCCAGGGCCCAUGGCCAGUAUUGCACCUGUGUUAUGAACCCCCAGACGCUGUGCAGGGCAGGUACUGGGGCUGCUUUUUUGUUGGGAGGGGAGCCUCCUAAAAACGGGGCCCAGGCAGACCCCUCCAGACCUCACACUGCCGAGGAGGCCUUUCCCGAAGGGCGUCCUCCCAGAAUGUGGAUGGCAGGUGUGUGGGAGGAACGUUUACAUACACAUCACCAUGUAUCCUUGUACCUUCUCCCUGUUCUUUGAAAAUACUGUAGUUCAGACUCCUAAUCUAGAUGGCAGAUAGAGACUUUAUUUGUUGUCACAAAAAUAGUGGAGGAAAAUGUUAUAAAAAUAGACUUGGACACACAGCUAUUGGGGCUGCACUGAGCUGCAAUUUUUAACAUGGAUUUAUAACUUAAUGUUUCUGCUUAUAAAAUACUAAUGAUUUGAAAUGUAUUUUACUGGACGAUUAAAACAGAUGUUUUAUUCUUUCUGA